AUGAGACAAAUCGAUGGCAAAUACUGCCAAUACAACCUACACGAACCUAAAAACCAACAGCGAGAGCAAGGGGGCAAAGCCUUCAACCGACCGAUGCCCUUCGUAUACCGUCAGACAGGACGGAAAACACGCCGCACAAACAAGGCCUACUCAGACUACAGGGCCUUCGAAAUGUCGCUCCACAACGCGGUCCAUUCCAUAGCCUUACCAUCCACAGAGAACACAACCACGGACCCGGAAAACAUGGGACGAAAAUCCUAG